AUGACGAAGGCCCAUCCAGACCACGAACAGAAACCCAUCGAAGUGAGAGAGGUAUGCCCGCCUUUGUGUUCUGCUCACAAUUUCUAUGUUUCCCCUUCAAAAAUAGUCUACGCACUGGAGAAGCUCGGCCCAAAAGUAAAUUGGCCGCAAAAGAUGAGAUCUAACCCGAGCACCAGAAAGUCAAAUGCCCUCUGCGAAUUCCACCAGGAACGGGGUCACAAAACCGAGGACUGUAUUGCCCUUAGACAAAAGGUCGUAAACAUGCUUCACCAAGGGCACUUGAAAGAGCUGAUGAGUGAUCAGGGAAGAGCCAACUUCGCCCGAGGACGUAAACAGCACCAUGGAACACCCAAACCACCUUCCCUGGCUCGUACCAUUCAAAUAAUCAUUGGAGGAGGCAACGACGCAUCAAUCAACAACAUAAAGUUCACCACCGCCCACAAACUCAAACGAUCAAUCACUCAUGAACGGUAUGACAAACGCGAAGAGAGUAUCAUCUUCGAUAAGUCGAAUACCCACUAUUUGGUUUUUCCUCAUUAUGACACUCUUGUCAUUACUUUGUGCAUCUUAGACACUGAUGUAAAACGUAUUAUAGUUGAUAAUGGGAGCGACGCGUGCAUCAUGCACCCUUGA